GAGCCAAGUCUUGGAGGCGGCGCCGCAGGGGACGGAGGGACUGAGCCAGCGUAGUGCGCUGCAGCUUUCGCGUGGACGCCAGCGCCGAGGACACGAUGUCAGGCCUCUCCCGCCCGCUGCUUUGGGCCGCCACCUGCCUGGCCGCGCUCUGCGUCCUGUCCGUGGACUCGAACACCACCACCGUGACCCCGACCGGGACUGGAGCGCCGACUUUAACGCCCUCCAAGAUAGUGCCGACGUCGCUGAAGCCCUCCGCGUCGACCACCCCUCCAGCACUAGAAACGUGUGAGAGCCGUGACAGCUGUGCUUCCUGUUUUAAUAUUAGCAGUGGUAAUAUUACCUGCUUUUGGAUAGAAUGUAAAGAGAAGAGCUACUGUUCACAUAAUUCAACAGUUCAGUGUAGCGUGGUGAACAGCACAGGGUUCUGUUCUGUGCCCACUGCCACUCUGGUGCCAACCACAUCUACAGCUAAAACCACAACUCUGCCUACAACUUCUGCCACAGUUAUUACAUCAGGUGCGGCAAAUACCACUCUGACCCCAACCUCAUCACCUGGGCGGAAGUCUACCUUUGAUGCAGCCAGCUUCAUUGGAGGAAUCGUCCUUGUCCUGGGUGUGCAGGCUGUAAUUUUCUUUCUCUACAAAUUCUGCAAAUCUAAAGAACGAAAUUACCACACUCUGUAAACGGACCCAUUAACUUAACAAGGACCGGCGAUUCGUUUGCGUAACCCACUGAAACCAAAAUACUGUCUUCUUUGAAGAAGUCCCACGUGGAAGACACUAGUCCAGCAUCGUUCCAUUUCCAGAGGAUGCAUACAGGAUGUUACGGAGCAUCGUUCUUGAAGAAAACCAGUUAAACCAUUUGCUCAACAGGAAUAUUUACAAUAUUCUGCAUGAAUCCUUGUGGCUGUCUUCUUUUGUUUUCAAUGGCUGCUGCUGUGGGAUUAUGUUUCUUUCCUUGACAUGCCAAAUGUAACUUUCUGUAAGUGAUGGAAAAUGCUGUCCUGCAGACAGCCGCACGAGUCUUGGCAGGUUAGUCAUCUUAAAACCUCAGAGCUGCAUUAUUUUUAUCUAAACCCAAGGUAUAAUUUAGUGACCAGAAUUGAGAAGAGUGUGUGCCAAAUGAGCAUCAAUCAGGUGGAGUUUUGGUUAUAACUUCAGAAUAAAUGUAUACAUCUAGUAGAACUGAAUUGUAUCCUUAGACUCAAAAAUGUGCUUGAUAAGUUAUUUUUUUCUACAUUAGAAAUAAGAUGCCACACAGGGAAUUACAUUCCAGAUUAAAAGAAAUGCAUGGGAAGGAUACAAACCAUUGACGUCCAAGUAUAACAGGUUAUUGUUCAUGUACGUAAAGCACCUUAUAUCACUGAGAAAUAGAGAACAGUGCCUUACAAGACAGACUGGAAGGUAACUUAAAAUGUUUGUGAUGUCUUCGUUCACGUUAAGAAAGGUAAAUGGUCUGAGGAUGUAAUUGGAAAUGAGCAGUCGUAAACCUGCUUUUAGAUAUCAUACUAUUACUAUUUAAUUGAAACAUACCUACUUUGUUUCAGAGCUGAGAAAUUAAACUAAAGCAUAUUAUACAAAGUUGAAAACCUUCACAUACUGAAUCUCCCAAUAUUUGCCUUAGUGGCUAAUGGAAAGUAUGGAGCUAACAUGCAUUUAGUUUUAUUUUUCUUUACGCUUCAAAAAAGUAUCCCAACACUGUUGUUCCCUUGAAAGAAUUUCCAUCAGUCUUAAGAGAAGUCAGGCAAGAAAGAAAUCCGCUUCAGAAUUACUCUUUACAAGCGACAAUCAUUUUAAGUUUUCAGACAGCAAAUGUAACCAGUGUAAUUUCAGAACCCAUAAGGAUUUCUAGCUGAUCAGAUUGUAGAUUUUUUAAGGAUGGUGUCUCUGAAUGGAUAUACUGUUCUUUUUUUCUUCUCUCCCUUCUUGGUUUUGAUUCCUUUAAUGUAAUAGGGAUGCAUACUUUCAUUUCUGUAGUUUCUCGUAAAGUACUAGUUUUUUCAAGCGCCCCCCCCCCCCCGUUGUAGAGGGUAACUUCUCCCUUGCCUUUGACACAUUGGAUUAAUUCAGAGGCUUUACUUAGUUUAAAAUGGACUUUUGCUUUUCUAGGUUAUAAAGUUUCAUUGUGUUAGUUUCUUUAGCCUUUAGUGGCUGAGUUUAGCACUUGGUUUUUCGUAUUUUAUAGGAGGGAAUGACAGAUUGCUUUGGUUCGUUUCAUAAACUGAAACUCCUUGCAUUUAGAUAAUGAUAUUAAAGGUUCUUAAAUGAAGACUUACUGUUUCUUUUGUUACUUGCUGGUACAGCUGAAGUUUGUUUUACUUGCACAUUUGUACAUACACCUAAUGUUUUCAAGUGCCUUAAUUGUUUAAAAUCUCUGGCUUCAAAGGUUUUUGGGGAAAGGUAGGUUUACCUCACAUUUUUGUGUUUCCAUUAGUAGUAAUUUAGGUACCUCACAAAAUUUAUUAUGGUGCCAUGGCUGUUAGUUUUUAGUGAGUGCUACAAGAUUCAUUUGAAAAUAUGCAGAAUUUCCAUUCUUCCCAAGGUGGCAAAAUGAGCUACAGUGUAAUUGUCACUUACCUGAAUAUGAAUUCCUUGCCACACAUGGAGCAAAUUUUGUGACAACGUAACUUGAUUUGAGGCUUCUCCGAUUUUGAGCACUGCUCUGAGAACAAAAGCAGAACAUGAAAUUGCGUCGAGUUUGCAGGUCUACAAAUGAGCUCUUGUAACAGAACUCACAGCCUUUUCUCCCCCACCCCCCUUUAGCGAUGUGGUAUCUUGAGCCAUUAAUAAUUUUUGGGUUUUUUUUUAAUCCAGAAGGUAUGUAGAGACCUCUUCAGAUUUUUCAUCUGAUUUGUUCAUGCAGAUGUAGUUCUAUCAGAUACCUGAUUUUACCUUACAGAUGUUUGUUGCACAGGCGGACACUGCUGUAUUCAGAAAUUUCUAUUUUAGUUCAGUAAAAACUGCAAAACCAAUCUGUAUCAUGUACCAAACUGAUUUAAAAUAAAUCUACAUGUUUAUUGAAUUCA